AUGCAUCUAUCGUGGAUUGUCAUAACAUUUUCUUUAUUUUUAGCGGGGCCAACAAAUUCAAAGAAAAAAGAUUUGUUGAAAUCCUCCACAGAUUUGUUAGAAAAGGAAAGCAAACGUCUGAAAUCUUCCAAAUCUGGUUGUUCACUUAAAGCAAUAAAUGCAAGAGCAAUAGAUUAUCUAAGGAUCAAUAAUGAGUGUGAAAAAGCCAUUCCCUGUUUAAUCCAAGUCCUGCAGGAGUCUGGCUCACAGACUGACAGCUGGUUGUGGGCAUCUUUGGGCCAUGUGUAUCAAAACUUGCAAAAGACAGCACUGGCUACCAGCAGCUUCAAGCAAGCCUCAAAACUCCUAGGGAAAGUCAGCAGCUUUAUUAAAGAAUGGCAUUUCCUUGGGCCAUUCGUCAUUGGAAAGAUGGAAGUUGAUGGAGACCCUGUGGCAGCUAUGGGAGGAAUUGCAAAUGUCUCAGCAAACAGAUAUAAAAAAGGAUGGAAAAUGUUCUCUGAAUUGAUCUCUGAUGGUGAGGUGAAAUGGCAGACACAUAUACAGAAAGCUCCAGGUCAGAUAUUACAGAUCUCUCCGGAUGUCAAAUGGGGAGAGUUGGUCAACUCACUGGGGUCUGUGGGCAUCACAGAGUGGCAGGGUUGGCUGGUUGGGGAGUUUGCUGUGACAGAGAAUGGUCAGAAUAUAUUAUUACAAUGUGAAGGUGUAAAUACAGUAUUAGUGGAUGGGUUGCCCAUUGUUGGGGAUGUUUAUCACAGAGAAAAUUUUUGGUUUUCUGUUCAGUUGGAGAGAGGAAUACAUUCAAUAUAUAUAAGGUUGAGAACUAAAGCUGUCCAGAAUGUCAAGUGUGAGAUCAAGAUAACAACAUCAAGUUUUGAUAUUUUAAAGCCUCACUUCUUGCCUGAUUUAAUUGACGGGUAUCUGUUUACUGGUUACAUUCCACUGCCUAUUGUUAACACACAUUCUACUAAAUGGUUAAAAAAUAUAAAAAUAACAGUACAAGAACAGUCUGAUGGGUCAGACCUGUCUGUGGCCAGUCCCCACAUUCCAUAUGACAUUGCACCUGGACAGGCCAUGCCUAUUGUGAUAAAACUCAUUUCAAAUGAAGCUGAAAUUGUUGAGGAAUGUAUUGAUGUCAUGUUGAAACUCAAAGUGUCAACCUCUGAGGGACAGCUUCUAUAUCCAAUCACUCUGCGGUGUAGGAGACAGAGAGAGUCCUUCUUGUUUACUUUUGUGGACCACGAUGGUUCAGUCCAGCAUGCAGCUGCCAUACAACCUCUACGAGAUUGUGAGGGAGGAGUAUGUCCUGUGUUGCUCACAUUACAUGGCACUACUGUCCCUCCACAGAACCAGGCUGACAGCUAUAAAAGGAUGAGCAAUGGCAAGUUUAUAUUUGGACUGGAGAAAGCAUGGGUCUUGGCACCAACAAGACAUGGUGCUCACAACUGGGAAGGACCUGGUGCUCUGACUGCAAUGACAGCUCUCAACCAACUGGAAGAGCUGCUGAAGGGCUCAAAGAUAUUCAGAAACCUUGCUAGCAAGAACCAUGUUAUAUUUGCAGGUCACUCUAUGGGAGGUCACGGAGCCUGGCAUUUGUCCACACAUUUCCCUGACCAUGCCCUGGCUGUGAUAUCUCUGGCUGGGUGGAUUAAGAAGGAAGAGUAUGGAGAUAGCAACUUGUUCUUUAGACAUGAUAUUGCCACCAGUCACGUGGACGCAGCAGUGAAGUCUGUGAUGGAAGCAUGUAUAAGUGAGAAUGAUGCUGACAGACAUGCAUCAAAUCUCAAGGUGUGAAAUUAUGACAUGUUCUUAAAAUGAAUGGCAGAGCUUUUU